GUACAAUAAUUGAGACGUCUCCCUGGUAAUAGCGAAACCGAAAGUAGCCAAACAGCCUGUUGCCGGAUGAUUGUGCGAUCGUUAUCAAAUCUUUCGACACCUUCUAAACGUCAACAGCCUGUACUGUUUGCGAGGAAUCCAAAGAUGACUUCAGCUACCUCCUUGCUGUUUUUUGCGAUCCAUUUAGCCUAUAUCAGCACUGGAAAUUGCUUGGAGUCAGCAUUUGUCAAACUGGAGUGUAAAACAGAAUACCAUGGGGUUUAUGGUCAGCAGUUAAUUCUAGGGUGCAUUGUCAAACCUGUGGUUGUGGAUGUGACCAUCAUAACGGUGACCUGGAAGAGAAUGGGAGCUGCUGAUAAAGCUGAUGCUAAUUUGUUGGAAUACCAUAAAGAGAAAAGGGAGCUAACCCCUGGGUUUAAAUUUGCUGAGCCAUCCUGGAACAAGACGAAUAUGAAUGUCUCCUUGUUGUUGACAAAUACCAAGAUGGCUGACAAGGGGCAGUAUGAAUGCAUGGUGACCACAGAUGUUGGGAUUGCCACAGCUACAAUCAGCCUCAGUGUCACAGCUAAGUACAAGACUCCAACCAUGAGCUGCCUCCCUGAGACCAACAUCAAAGAGAACACAGAUGUGACCAUUUUCUGCAACUCUACAGGCGGGCACCAGACAGGGUUGAUCUGGUGGUUUGACGAGUUCGGCAGCAAUUGGACGCGCAGUGCUGAACUGGUGGCCAAAGAGACAGACGAUGGACUGUUCAGCCUCUCCAGUCAAUUCACAGUGCUGAAGGCCACGUCCAGUUACACAAACUACACGUGCAAAGUGCUCAAUGUCAAUGGUGCCGAGGAGGGGAUGGCAUCAUUUGUGAUCCAGUUUGCGUCGCGAGACUUAGGUAUUAAAAGUGACCACUUGAAUAUUGUCUCCACCACCAACUGGCUAGCCCCGGUUGCAGUCAUAGGCUCUCUGAUCAUUGGACUCCUUGCUGCACUGCUCUUCUUUAAGAGGCGCUCUGCCCAACGAGCUCGAAGGCAGUCCACCUUCCCAUUAAUGAGUGGCCACCAACAGAUACCAGGCAUGAUCAAUAUGUUGAGGCAGGAGGUCUAAACAGCGACAGGAACUGAUUAGUUAACCGGCAGUCUCUGGAAGGGGCUGUUUCCUUGACGAUCAAUAAGGAGCUUGUCACCUUCACUGUCCUUUGAUGGACUGUUUCCUGUUAAGUGUUCGGUGACAGUCACUUUGGCACUCAGGUCAUUCUGAUUUGAGGCAUUUGUUUCUUCAUAAUCUACUGAGGAUGCCAGCCUUUAAGCACUGUGGUUGAUUACAAAUGGUAUAACUCUUUAACAGCCUAUGUUUAAAAGCUUAACAUAAAUGGUCAUAUACAGAGUUGCCAUGGUGUAGGUAAACUAGAUUCUACCAGCAUGAUUGUUAAAACUCAGGUCUGCUAAGAGCAAAUUUGAAUACUGUGAAAAUUCUUUGCGACUUCUGGUGCAGGUUUACAGGCUGUUCCUGCUUUAAGUUAGUUUUAACAGUGGUCAAGUAGGCUACGGUGGCUAUUUGAUCAUAAUGUAGGCCUACCAGAGUGGCCUACCAUAAUAAACAAUGGAGAAAAUGCAUCCCAUAACAUUAUAACAUGGAAAUAGCUGUUCUGUCAUUCAGCCAACAGUAGCAGCCAAUGUGCGGUGUUCAAUGUAAGUCUACAUUCCAUGAGACUUUUGAAAAAAAACAUGUAUGACUUGACAUGAAACCACUUGCAUCAUUAUUCCCAUACCAUACCCCCCCCAUUUCUGACUACAAAUUAUCAAUAACUGGGCUAAUAACUCACUAACUAGUGAACAAAUGUACAAAUGUGCACAAGUCGCUACAUAUAGUUCUUGCUUUGAUCUACUCACAACCGCUCAUGCUGUAAAAACAGUCCAGUUCAAAGUGAAUGGCCGAGAUCUAUAUAUGGCAAUGGUCUAUUUGUAUAUAGGCCUACUGCAGCUCUGAUUGGUUAUGGCACACUGGUCUGUGUAGAGUACAAGUCUGCUAAACUAAAACUAAAUUCGCCUCUGAGGUUUCGCAAGACUGUACAGUGCAAUACGACAUGUUUCAUUUGACCAAAGAUGUGUUGAUCAUCAGGUUUUAAUAGAUACUGCUGUGCCUGCCACUGUCCUCCCUGGGCUUUCAUUCUGCUACAAUGUGUAUGAGAAGAAAUGUUAUGCUAAAUAGUACAUUACUUUUGACUAGAAGGAAUAGGGUGCCAUUUUGAAUUCAUCCUUUGACUUGACUUUGUGUAAUAUCUGGAACUUAUUGUAACAUUAAAGCAACCUUGUUACCAACAGCCAGCCUGUUGCUUCAACAGUG